UUAGAGGUGUUCACGAUGAAUAACAUGAAUUUGCCUCGAAUAAAAGAGGAAUCUAUUGAAGUGACAAACGAAGCUAAUUGCAAGGUAGAAAGUAUCAUCAAAGUCGAAACAGCACGGAUAAGUGAGCAACCCCUGCUCAAGCACACCAAACUCAGGCCUUUCGAAUGCGACGUCUGUGGGAAUAAUUUUACGUUACGAGGUAGCCUGACCCGGCACAAGUUGAUUCAUUCCAAUGAGCGAUCUUUCAAGUGCGAGUUCUGCGACAAAACAUUCAACGAAAAGUACAUUAAGUUGAGGCACCAGAAAACCCACCUCAGAAAGGGACCCAACUCAGAGGAGAAACUCUUCGCUUGUGACGAGUGCCCGAAAACAUUCGUUCUCUAUGAAUCACUGUGCGAUCACAAGUCCGUUCAUUCCACAAAACAAGCUGACAAAUGCCAAAUAUGUGGGAAAAGCUACCAUAAAAAAUACCUUAAGACUCAUAUGCAAAAGCAUACUGGGAAUCACGACUACCAAUGUGGAAUAUGUGGAAAAGCUCUUACGUCCAGAUAUUAUCUCGCAACUCACAUGCAAUUUCAUCUUGGCGAAGCGCCUUUCAAGUGCGAGAUUUGCAGUAAAAUUUGCUCCAGCAAGUUUUACUUACAGGCACAUCUACGGGUGCACACAGCGCAGGAUAUGUCCGAUUGCGACAUUUGUGGUAAACGAUUUACACUGAAAAGCAGCCUGAAGUAUCACAUGGCAGUGCACACGAAUAAUCGACCCCACCAGUGUGGCAUCUGCGGGAAAGGAUUCACUACCGGUCCGCAAUUGUUGGCGCACUCACGCAUGCAUACCGGCGAACGGCCACAUAAGUGCGACAUCUGUGGCAAGUCCUACCGAAAUGCACGAUGGUUGGAAAACCAUUCGGUUAUUCACAACAGUGGAAAAAAAAUUGCGGCAACGAAAAGUAGUAAUGAAUGACCUGUAUAAUAGUGCUUACAUCUUUACAAUUACAAAUAUUUUUCCAGUAAAGUCAUUUUCGUCAGUUUUAAAA